UCGUUGAAUACUAUUAGGACAUGUAGCGCGUUUUGUUACGCUUCUGUAGCGGAGUUAGCAUUAAUAGUUACGUGGACGUCGUGUAGGCAACAUGAGUCGAGUGUUCUAUAUCGCAUUUGCACUUGUAUGUGCUCUGUGUUGUUCUGCGCCGUGCCUUGGCGUCUCCUUCGAGAACUGCGGUUCAACAUUGGGUAAAUUCACGGCAGUAUCGGUUUCGGGAUGCCAGGCGACGGACGAAAAAUGUGUUUUGGUGCGUGGUACUAAUGCAUCUAUAUCUAUCACAUUUGUACCAAAUGAAGAUGUUUCGCAUGUCACUGCACGUGUAUAUGGCAUAAUGAUGACUGUCCCAAUACCUUUUCCAUUAGAUAAACCUGAUGUAUGUAAAGAUCCUGACGAUGGAGUCAAUUGUCCUUUGCAAGGGAAUCAAGAAUAUCAUUAUACAACCGCGUUGUUUGUGCAGAAAAAAUUCCCUUCGGUAAGCGUGGACAUAAAAUGGGAAUUUGUGGACUCGACAGGCAAAAAAAUCGUAUGCAUCCUAUUUCCAGCCAAAGUUAAAUAAUACGAGAUUUCAACAAUUCAAAGUUAAAAAAUCUUAUUAAAAGCGAUAUCUUGAUAUAAAGCGCUUUUUAUGCUAAUCUUUAGAUAAAAUACUUGAUGUAAUUUCAUUUUUUUACCUGUUUAAUAUCAAAUAUUAUUUUAUUAUAUUUUAUAUUAUUUUAUAAGGAAAAUAAACAAUAAUGAAAUGAAAUAGGUUUGAAGAUGUCAUUUGUAUAUAUUUUACAAGUGUCAAAUUUUUUCACAACUAUGAGCUUGACAAAUCUCGAUAAAUGAAGAGUAAACAUUAAAUAUUGUUCUAACAUGUAUUAGUCCUUAAAUAUUGUUUUUGACGUUUCAUUAAGU